GAGAUCCUGCUCCCCCCUCACUGCUCUGUGUCUGAUCUCUGCCCCUGCAUCCGCAAGGUGAACUUCUUUUUGGACCACUUGUGAAGUCACUGUAACAAAGAAAAUGUCCUAUGUGAUCAGAAUGAAUGGAAACAGCAACGGCAUUCAGAAAGAUGCCCUCAAUGGAAAGGGCAUUGGUAGAAACGGUAUCAGUGAAAAUGGCAUUGACAGAAACUGUGUGAGCAAGAACGGCGUCAAUGGAAACAGUUUCAGUGUGAACGGGUUUGAUGGGAACGGUUUCAAAGGGAUCUCAGUUCACCAUGUGAGUGCACGUGUCCCGGUGAGCGCGGCAAAGCUGAAGGCACGCAGACAGCGCUGGAAUGUCAGAGCCUCCGAGAUGUCCAAAAACACGCUGAACCCUAUCCGGGCUAUUGUGGAUGGCAUGAAGCUCACCCCAAACCCAGAGAAGCCCAUGAUCGCCCUGUCCAUUGGUGAUCCCACUGUAUUUGGAAACUUACCUACGGAUGAUAGUGUGCUCCAGGCAAUGAAGGAUGCGAUAGAUUCCCACAAAUUCAAUGGCUAUGCCCCCUCAGUAGGUUAUCUGCAGAGCAGAGAGGCUGUGGCGAACUUCUACAGUCAAGCAGGAGCCCCCUUGGAGGCUAAGGAUGUGAUCUUGACCAGUGGCUGCAGCCAGGCUAUAGAGCUGGCCAUCAGUGCUUUAUGUAACCCAGGAGACAACAUCCUGGUUCCUUGCCCUGGAUUCUCCCUCUACAAAACUCUGGCAGUGUCUGUGGGUGUCCAGGUCAAAUUUUACAACCUGCUGCCAGAGAAAUCCUGGGAGGUCGAUCUGCAGCAUUUGGAGAGUCUGAUCGAUGACCGGACGACGUGCCUGAUCGUCAACAACCCAUCCAACCCCUGCGGCUCUGUGUUUACCAAAGAGCACCUACGAAACAUACUUGCAGUUGCAUCAAGACACUGCAUCCCUAUCCUUGCUGAUGAAAUCUAUGGAGACAUGGUCUUUCCCAGCUGUGAGUUUCAUUCCCUGGCCAAUCUCAGCAGUGAUGUUCCCAUCCUAUCCUGUGGUGGUCUGGCUAAGCGCUGGCUCGUUCCUGGCUGGAGAAUGGGCUGGAUCCUCAUCCAUGAUCGCAACAACAUCUUUGGAUCAGAGAUUCGAGAAGCUCUUGUGAAGCUCAGCCAGCGCAUUUUGGGUGCGUGCACUGUUGUCCAGGGAGCUCUAGAGAGCAUCCUAAACAACACCCAAGCAGAGUUCUACCAGAGCACAAUCGGCUUUCUUAAGUCCAACUCAGAGAUUUGUUUCGCAGAGCUGUCUACCGUUCCUGGGCUGAAUCCAGUGAUGCCAUCUGGAGCCAUGUACCUCAUGGUCGGAAUCGAAAUGGAGCACUUUCCAGAAUUCCAGAAUGAUGUGGAUUUCACUGAGCGACUGGUCACCGAACAAUCUGUGUUUUGCUUGCCUGCCACGGCUUUUGAAUAUCCAAAUUUUUUCCGGAUUGUUGUGACAGUUCCAGAAGAAAUGAUGGUGGAGGCAUGUGGGCGAAUCAGGGAAUUCUGUGCGCGUCACUACAGACCUCUCAGCCAAGAAAGCAAUGACCUGGACCAAUGAAAGGCUUUGGCUGGGCUAGAAAGCAACAUAAAUCCAAAGAGAAGACAAACUGAAGUGAUACAUAAAGUAGGAGAUUUUACACAUGAGAAAAGAGAAGUGGACUUGUGGAAGUUUGAAUGAGUUCCUUAUUUAGUGGAAGCCCACAAUUCUAUGUAAACCCUAUAUUUAUAUUUUGUAUGGACAAGUAAACUGUCAUGUAAAUCUUGUUUUUAUCAUUGUAAACUAUGUUAAUCCCACUUCAAAUCCAUUCCUAAAGAAAGGCCACAUGGCCUGCAGAGCCUGUCGCAGUGUUAUAAGCUCGCAGGAUCAAGUGCCUCUGUUGGGUCUUCCUUUCCAAACAGUGUUGGCCAUGCCCUCUAGGCCUCACAGAACACAUGCAUUAUGUUUUCAGUAGUAGUGUUUGUCUUUGAACACCUCACAGUGGCAAUGUGUUUGAAAAUAUUAUCUUGGUGUACUUCAUUAUUUGCAUGCUCUACCACUUUUAUAUAGUAAGGAACAUGCCUCUGUUUAUAUUGUAUUGAUUUUGUGUCAGUAUUAUGUAACAGCUAUUUAAUAAAAUCUUUUCUAAGAGAAAUA